AUGCCGGAUCCGCCCGGCGCCGAUGCGCCCCCGCCCGAGGACCUAUUGGGUGGUAAUGGCGCGAGUGAUUCAUCACUCAACACGCAAACGCGUGAAGCGGUCACUGGAGGAACCGCGAAUCCUCCAGCUUGGUCGCCCGAGGCAACUCAGGUCCGGUUGGACCAUGAGAAGCUGAUGAAGAAGACCUUCCAAGUGCUCGGGAUUGUUCCCUCCAGCAAGUCGACCCGCCGACUGAUGGUCCUGAUGCACGACGCCUCGACCCCGCCUUCGCAGGCGCCAGCGCUCGCACGAGCCGCCCAAAGAGCGGUGCGAAACGACGCAGCCCCGGCCUCCAAUGUGAUUCGAGUCAUUAUGGAUGGUCCUGGAUCACCCAGAGGUCCUGUACAGACCGCGCUGCGCAAGCACUUUGGAUUGGCCGAGACGCCGUUCAUGUUUGCGCGGCCCGAGGGCGUCGUGCUUGACCCCGAGGUCGAGAAGCUUUUCUCGAAAUGCGUGAAGCUGAACCCGAUUGUGACGAAAGCCACGAAGAGGUUCCCGAUCGCUCGUCACAUGUACGAGCUUGUAUUCGAAUCCGAGCAAGCUUGUCUUGAAGCCGCUUCAGCGGGCCCAUUCCCCUACCACGGCAAGGAGAUGGUUACCGAGCUCCCCAGCGCCUCUCCCCUUAACCACGUCGUGCAGGUGCGAUUCACCUUGCCCUCCUCCUCCAGCGCGAUCCCCGCUUCCGUGCUCCGAAAAUCUCUCGAUGAUGCUAUCACCCUUUCGUUCGGCCGCGCAGGUCGCACGCAAGGUUAUACCCUGAUGCAAUUACAGCGGGGCCUCGCGGUCGAUCCGAAUGGCGAUCCGAUGGCCAUGACCGAAGACGGGUUCCACUGCGCGUACCUUCGCUUACAUGCUGAUCUUUUCCAAGGCUCCAUCGAGACGCAGAAGGCUGCGCUCAACGCCGCUUUGCCACAAGAGAUCGAGAUCCUGGGCGCCAAGUACGGCUUGCGACACGAAUUCGAGACGCACUACUGCGCGGUGUGCGAUCGCGCCGGACACCAGUGGGGCGCUUGCAGGAAGCCGGUUUCGACUCCGGCCACCGCCGCCCCUGUUCCGGGGGCCUCGACCUCGACUUCGACUUCGACCACCGGCUUCCGAGUUGCUGGAAAGAAUGGGAAGCACGGUGGGCCUGCCGCAUUGAACUCUCGUGUCUCUGGCGCGAACAUGAUCCAGCUGGGACCUCGUGCUAACCCCGCAGGUGCAGUAACCACCAACAAGGACGACGCGAACGACGGCGACGACGAGUCGGUCGUUUCGACCGAACCGGAGGGCGGUGACACUGGGGAAGAGACGUCGACGCGUGCGAUCCUGGGCUCAACAAAGGAGACGCAGACGACGACGGCGGCGCCCGUUUCGACCCCGACCUCUCCUUCGCCUCUGUCCGGUGGCACGUCGGGAUCAUCGGCAACCUCGACAACCUCGAUAGCCUCGACGAGUCCUCGACGCCUUCGUUCGAGCUCGGCACCCGGCAACCGACGUGUCACCCGGGCGGGAUCCGCCAUGAUCCUCGGUGCAUCAGGGGGUGAUGGCUCAGGGGGCAACAGUUCAGGGGGUCACAGGUCCGAGGUGACCGAAUUCGAGGGGGGCGGCGCUGAACUGAUUUAAUCAUGAUUGAGUCACUCACCGUGUUGACGUUCAACGUCUGAUCGAUGAAGAACGCAGUCAACCAAGUCAAAAUCAUCCGUUAUCUCAAAACCCUUCGGCCGGCCCCUGCGGCCAUCCUCCUGCAAGAGCACCACCUCAGCUACAACGCGUCGCGCGAAGGCUUCGAGAGUGCUUGGCCGGGGGCUUGUAUUCGUUUCACUCCUCAUGUCCUUACCCUCAUACCCGAUGGCUCACCUUUGGCGGGCCAUCUCCUUUCCUCUACCCCGGUCGUCUUUGCAGGAGCUCCUCGUUUCGACGGUCGGAUUCUGCGCUCGGUGUUUCGUCUUGAGGAGCUCGAUGUCGAGAUCAUCAACAUGUACGCGCCGGUGCAGGAGGACGAUCGUCGCGACUUUUUCGGGCUUCUGCACUUCAACGCCCCGAGACCCAAGAUUCUUCGGAUCUUGGCCGGCGAUCUCAACGAUUGUCCGGAUGUAUUGGUCGACCGAGUGUCCAUCACCGAUCGCGCUUGGACUCCUGUAUCGCACUGGCAGACCUUGCUGUCAAAGAUCGCGUUCAAGGCACUCGACACGGUCCGACAUGUCCAUCCUUGCACCCCUGCAUUCACUCGUCCUCACUACCGUGGUAGAGGGGAAGAGCGAAAGAUUUGCUCGUGGUCGCGGAUCGACUAUAUUCUUGUCCAAUGCAGUUGGGCGAACCGGUUGUUGAGCGCUUCUACGCUCUUCGAUGCGCCCUGUUCGGACCACAGACCUGUAGUUGCGACUUUCGCUUUGCCUACAUCGAACGCUGAUGCCGAACCCCCCCUUUCUCUUCCCUCCACGAGCGAUUUCAUUUCGAGGCUCAACCCAAUGGUCUUUAACGAUCAAGACUUUGUCGCAUCGAUUCCCGGGGUCGUCGACGAGGUCUAUCGAAGGCUCGAGGGGACCGCUCCGCUCGGCGACAUCUAUGACGCCGCUCUGCGGGCGGUUGCAGUCGCUGGUGUUGAACUUCGCUCCAUCUCACUUCUAGGACAAUAUGCGCUCACUGAAGUAGAGGUGCCUCGCCUUUUGGUGCAGUGGUAUAUUGUUCCUUCAUAGCUGGCCAUGCACGAUACCGCUCGACUCGUGCCGACAUGCGCCGACUGCGGGCCGAGAGCCAAUCCGUCAUGGAGGCUUUGGAGGCACGCGGUGAGCACAUGAAUGAGGCCGAGCGCGAUGCGUAUGCUCAUGCCAAGUCGCGGUUGGACCAGUUGGCGGUAAAGGAGGCUCAGUGGCUGCGCAUUCGUGCGCAUGUGCCGUCAGUCGACUCGAGGGAAGGUCAAUCGGCAAGCAUUCGCACGCGCCUCAACCGCCGGAGUCGCCAGACGAGCAUCGUCUCACUGGAGGAUGUGGAUGGCACCGAGACCGUUGACAUGCAGGAGGCGCUGGGUAUUGCUUCACGGCACGCGCAGUCGCUCUUCACGCCGGACCCAGCUCGUGGCGACCCGACGAACGCACGCCGGUCCCUGCUCGACCCUAUUCGCGCAGCGAAAUGCUACGAUGACGACCGCUCGGACCCUACGUUCGGUCGUCGGCUGCCUCGUCAAGCGAGAGUGGCGCUUGACGAGCCCUUCACCCUCCUCGAGGUUGAAGCGGCGUUGAAGAAGACGGAUUCGGGGCGAUCACCGGGGCCCUCGGGCAUUCCGUACGAGCUCUUCAAGGCGCUGCCAACCUACUUUGCUCCCAAGCUGUUGGACUUGUUCAACUCGAUUUGGGAGGGCGGCAAAAUGACGGCGUCCUUGGCAGAGGGGCUGGUGCGGCUCUUGCCCAAGAAUAAACCGGGGGCCAAUCUGAAAUCACUGGGGGCAUACCGACCGAUCACAUUGCGCGAGACGACCUACAAGGUCCUCAGCAAGGUCUUGGUGGCGCGACUCAAUGGGGUGCUCGGCGAGCUUUUGCCGCCGGCGCAACACGGUUUCAUGCCAUCAAGACGUUCAGCGGACGCGGGAAGUCAUCUCACUCUCCUUCUCGAAAAACUCAAGUCGCUAGGCACUGAUGUUUUCCCCGAGGGCGCCCUCUUGUCUUUGGAUCAGCAGAGCGCGUACGAUCGGGUCGAUCACGCCUGGAUCUUCGAGGUCUUUGAGGCCUUUGGGUUCGGUGAGCGUUUCAUCUCGCUGCUGCGCGCUCUCUACGAUCCCGAGACUCUGGGGGUGCGCUACCUUGUCAAUGGGUUCCCCACGGACUUGGUGCGGUUGCUGUGUGGUCUCGGUCAGGGGGAUCCCCUCUCGUGCCCGGUUUGGAACAUCACGUACCAGCCCUUCCUCGACGCCCUCGUUCGGCGCGGGAUCGCGCUCGACCUGCAGAAGGUGUGGCCAGGGGGGCCGCGUGCGCAGCUUACGCAUCUGGCGUUUGCCGACGAUGCUGUGGUGGUGGUGGAGUCACCGGCGGCAUUGUCGAAGCUGCAAACGCUGUCGCAGACGUGGUACGAGGCUACCAACGGGAAGACCAACACGGACAAGACGCUGGUGCUACCACUCGGACCGAACUGGCUUCGGGACGAGACUGCGCAGGCGCUGCCAACGGUGCAGGAGGGGGAGAGCUUCAAGUGGUGCGGCUAUGCCUUCUUUCGCCACGGUGACUCGAAACUGUUUUGGACCCAUGUUCUUGACAGGAUCAAGGCCAAGGCCCGCGCCGCUCGAGACCGGACACUUUCGCCGAGUGGGAAGGUUUUCUAUGCCAACGCUCACAUCAUCUCGACGGUCCUCCACGUGCUGUCCUUCGACAUACCGCCUCAAUGGUUCAUUAAGGCGGCGGAGACGGCACUUACGGACUUUGUCUGGGGAGGAGCAGGGCGAAAUACCGUCGCUCGCGAUUUCGUGUUCCAGGCUCGGGAGGACGGUGGCUUGGGUUUGAUUUCGAUUGGCGACAUCGUUCAUUCGGUGGCGCUUCGAUUUUGGGAUGCUGUGGCGGGCUCGGACGAGGCGAUCUGGGCACCCCUAGCUCGCGAGAGCUGGAGGUCCCUCGUCGCUGCGACCCGCAAUUUCAGUCCGUGGGGGUUCUUCAGCAGCACGGCUCGGGUCGAGAAGCUGUAUCGCGACUCGACGCGCUGGGGGGCAGUCGUUGCAGCGGCCAGGGUCACAGUUCCAACCAUCAAGUCCGAACUCCUUACGCUUCCCGAAUUGCUCUCGCUUCCGCCUCGCCUCCCUUCACUCUAUGCUGAAGGUGCCCAGCACGCAUAUGACGAUGCGGACGCGGUGGCAAAGUUUGCGCAGAUCGCGGACCUGUACUGGAGGGACGAAGGGAAGGGAUGGGCUCUGGUUGGUCAUCGACGCGGGUUCUGGCAGCACUCUAAGGAACCCGCCCUACAGCACGAGCACGUGUGGUCGCGCGUGGGUCAGUUGCUCAAGGCGAAAGCGUUGCUGCCCAAGACCGCGUUGCGACCUGCUCGGAUACCUCUCAAGGAGGCUCCCCGUCCUCGGUGCUUCAACUUCUUUGGGCUCUCCCGACCUUUUACGAUUCGCAAGCUUCGUCGGCUUGUGAACAAGGUGCGGUUCCCAGGGAGGGAGGACCGUGUCAAGCGUUUCCCUGAUGGGACUUCUCAGAGCGAUAGGAAGCGCUUCUGGAGAUGGCUUCAUGACCGGUUCGCGUCUGCUGUCGAGCAGGACACCCACUGGUGGCUCAUGUACGACGUGACGCCGACGCGCAAGAGGCAGCAUACUCAGGGUCAUGCCUCUUCGCCGACGUGUCUGUUCUGUGGCAACGAUGCAGCGGUCAUCGAGACGGUGUCCCACUACUUUUUCGAGUGCGCGUACUCGACCAGCUUCUGGGGUGGGGUGCUACGCAUUCUGCUUGACAAGCUCGGCAUCGAGGAUACCGACGUCGAUCCGUCGACGUUCACUCCGGAGCAGCUGACUAUGGGGCUCCCCCUUUUGCGGGGUCGUGGGAGAACGACCUCGAAAUGGAUGUGGGUUCGGCUGGCCUGCGCGAUCGGUUUCCAGCGGCUGCACCUGCUCCGCUGGCGCGUUCAUCAGCGGUUCGAGCUGGACAACGUCGUGGCCUCUCCCUCGCUUCCCAGUGCGCUCAGAGCGUUCGAGCGAGAUUUUCUCUCUCGAGCGGGCUUUGUGCCUGGGGCUCGAGAUUGGGAGGUGUGAUGACCGAGUUAAGUCCUUCCUUCCCAUUUUCCUCCCCUGCUCUCUCUCCCCUCCUUUCCUCCCUUCCUUUUCGGAGGUCGACUUUUCUUUCAGAAGCUGACUGUCUUGAAACUUGUUGCGCAGUGGAAGGCUGCGCACCUCUCCCUCUCUCUACUUUGUGCAGUAGCGGUUUUCGUUCUUGGAUGGAUCGGCAAGCCGGUCGAUCGUCGUUGCGUUGGAGGCUUUGUGAAGUUCUCCCCUCUCUUUCCCCUUUCUCCCUUCCCUUCCUCUUCUCGUUCCUGUUGCUCGGUUGUUGACUACGCUUCAGCCACUUCUCCUUUUAUUCCUAAGCCGUGUGUUGGAUUCCGUCGAAUACAUCGUUCGUUGGCGUUGGUCAAGAUCUACGGCAUGGAUCGGGAAGAAAGGUCGCUCGUUUUUUUGGUCAAUAUCCUCGCGUCAAGGCGAGGCUUGUUUCGUUGUAUUGGAUCGUUUUCGCUCGGCCCCGACGGCUCAACAGCCAGCACUCGAGACUCAGCCAAGGGAGGACAUCAGGCGCUGUCGGGGUGACGAGUAG